AUGUAUUUUACCUACGGCUUUCCCCGCGCCCUCAACACGGGGGUGACUGGGGCGGAUGAGGAGGCCAUCUACUGCAGCAACACCAGCCCGGAGUUUGUGAUUGUCGUAUUCUCCUCCACUGUCCAAGUCUGGAGCGGCUCCCAGCACCGGGUGAAGCUGGGGGAGACGCACCGCAGCCAGGAGCAGGUGGAGGAGGAGGGCCCCAACGUGCGAGCCCACUGGUGCCCUCAGAAGCGCGUGCUGGCGGUGGCGACCUCGCACAACCGGCUGCAGCUGUACGCCCUCAACGUGUCCAGCGAGGCCCUGUGGCGCCUGCCCGACAGCCAGGAGGUCCGGCGGGUGAACGUCUACCUGUCCCACUCCAUACACCUCGACUAUGGCGCGGUGCGGGUCGCCGACGUGGGCGGCGAUGCCAAGUCGCUGCUGGUCGCGCUUUCCAAUGGCACCAUGCAGGUCUUCAGCUGGCAGGGCAAGCUGCGCGGCCAGGCCAACCCCUUCAUCGCUGCCUACGAGGGCAGCCGCAGCCGGCGCCAGCAGGCCCGCACCGCCUCCAUCAACCUGGACCGCACCAGCGGCACCCUGGGCGUGCGCCCCUCGCCCUUCAGCAGCUCCGGCGCUGAUCUGGCAGGCAGCGGCGGCAGCAACGGCUCUCUGGCGUCGUCGGCGCCGCCCCCCGCGCCCCCCAGCCGCACCUCCUCGGGCAACGAGGUGGGCAGCUUUGGCCUGGGCGGCUCGUCGCGGCUGCUGGAUGCCAUGGACUCGCUGCCGCUGCCCACGCCAGCUCAGCCCGCUGACGUGGCGGUGGCGUGCAUACACUACGCCCCCGCCGCCCGCAUGCUGGCCGUCGUGCUGCGGGACGGGCGCUGCGCGCUGUGCCGCACAGCAGACUCAGGCAUCCACCCGCCGGAGCAGCUGCAGCUCUUCCGGUGGGUGUUCAAGCCUGUCGGCGCAGACUCGCCGGCGGCGGUGGCGGCGGCCCUCAACCCCACGGCCCAGCUGCUGGCUCUGGGCAUGUCGCACGGGCGCGUGGCCAUCUACACGCUGCAGUCCCUGCUCAGCGUGCGCGGCGCGCGCAGCAGCGGCAGCCGGCACAGCAUCGGCGGCGCCGCCGACGCCCACGGCCACGGCCACGCCGCCGGCGCGGGCUCCGGCCAGCCCGAGCCCACCCGCGUGCUGUCGCUGGCCGACUGGGGCUACCGCUCGGCGGUGGUGGGCCCCGCCUCGGUCCUGCGCUGGUCCCCCGAUGGCAGGGUGCUGGCUGUGGGGUAUGCGGAGCGGGGCCUGGCGGUGUGGACGCCCUCCGGCUGCCGCCUCACGUGCUCCCUGCGCCAGGCGGUGGCCACAGGCAACGCGCCGGGGGCGCCCAGCAGCGCGGGGCUGGCGGCAGCCGGCAUGCAGCAGUCCACAACCAGCCUGCCGCCGGCGGGGCACGCGCCAGACGCGGCGGCCGCGGCGGCGGCGGGCCCACAUGCCUCGCCGGCACGCAAGCCUGCCGAGCAGCGCGGCGGCAGCGGCGGCGGCGAGGCGCCGCCGGCAGGCAGCCCGCGCAAGUCGGCCGUUGCGGCGGGCGCCAGCGGCGGCCUGUGGUCCCAACACAGCGGCCUCAACCCCGGGCAGGCGCCCGAGGCGGGAGUGCUGGAGGGCGGCGUGUCUGCCCUCACCUGGAGCGUGCACGGCUACCAGCUGCUUGUCGCAGAGGUGGGGCAGGCCCGCAGCCUGCACCAGCUCGAGUUUGCUCGCUACAUGCACGGCUCGCACCGCGUGGUGCAGCAGGCCGCGGGCGGCGGCGGCGCGGGCAGCGGCCUUGAUGAGGUGCAGGCGUUGCAGGCCGCCGACCGCGUGCUGCUCAUCAGCGAGGCCCGCCAGAUUGUGAACCCGGCGCUGCGCGUGCCCGGCGGCGCCGCAGAGGCGGCAGAGGGCGAGGGCGUCGGGGUGCGGCCCGACCUGUCGGUGCAGCACGUGAAGCUGCCCCAGCAGUACAUCGAGGCCGCCUACCCGGUGCUCCACGCCUCCAUCAGCCAGAGCUGCGGCGAGGUGGCGGUGGCGGGCACCCGCGGCCUGGCCCUCUACUCGCGCCGCGCCCGCCGCUGGCGCCUGUUUGGAGACGCCACCCAGGAAAAGAACCUGCGGGUUCAAGGCCUGAUGUGGCUGCCGGGCGGCAUCAUCGCGGCCUGCGCAUACGUUCCUGUGGCCAUGGACAGCGCUGGCUGGCACAUGGUACUGGCCUUUGCGCCGCUGGAGGUCCGCCUGUUCAGGGUGACUGUGGAGGGGCCGCUGGGGCCCUCGGGGCGCCCCAUCGCCCGCCUGGCGGCGCUGCGGGAGCUGUCCAUCAUGGGCCUCGGCAACCCGCUGCAGGCGAGGGCUGGCUGCGCCGGUGGCUCGCCCACUGCCUGCCUGCUGCCCGCCUGCCCGCCUGCCAAGCAUGUGGAGAUAGCGCUGAUCGACCCCUUAACAGGGUCCCACCCCGGCUCCUCUGGGAGCGCCAGCGCCUCGCAGCUGGAUGAGGGCGCGGAGCAGGAGCCGCCUGCGGGCCGGCAGGAGCAGCAGGCGCAGCAGGCGCAGCAGGAAGCAGCGGAUGGCGCCGCCGCCGCCGCCGCCGACGGCUCAGCCUGGCCGCAGCUGAAAGUGGCCACGCGGGCUCGGCCCGAGGCUGGCGGGGGCGGCGGCGACGCGCCGCUGCAGUGCGUGCUGCUGCGGGCGGGUGGCAUCAUGAGCAAGCUCGACCUGCAGGAGGGCUCGGAGGUGCUGCUGUCUGACGCCAUUGAGCGCUUCUGGCUGCCCAUCUCCGCGGCAGCAGCCUUAGCAGGCGGCCCCCCGGGCCUCACUUCCAGCCUGGUCAGCCGCGUCAGCAGCAGCGGCUUUGUGGCGUCGGCCGCGGGCGCCAGGCCCGCGGCCGGCUCCGCCGCCGCCACGCCGCCGCUCAGCUCCAGCAGCAGCGCGGCGGCGCUGGCGCGGGCGGGCUCCGAGGGCGAGCUGGCGGCUGCCUCGGUGGCUGCCGCCUCCUAUGCCUCCUACGCCCGCCUGGAGCAGCAGCAGGCGGCUGCGCUGGUGCAGCAGGCACAGCUGGAGGGAGUGUUCCAGCUGGAGGCCCGGCAGCCACCCCGGGUGGAGAUGCCCUGGUGGACGUACGGCGCCCGCGGCAUGCAGCUCUGGUUCCCGUCCUCCCUGUCCGAGCCCCUCACCCCCUCCCUGCGCUCGCUGUCCCUCACCAGCCCCACGGCCACCGGCCUGGCUGCUGCUGCUGCGGCGGCGGCCACCAACUCAACGGACCCUGAGCUGGAGUUUGACAGGGAGGUGUACCCCAUCGGGGUGUCGCUGGCAGAGGUGUCCAUCAUCGGCGUGGUGCAGCGCACGGUGCGCAGCCAGCUGUUCCCUCCAGAAGCCGCCCAGUCCCUGCUCUUCCAGCCGCUGCCCGAGAGCCAGCCCGUGCUGCCCUGCCUGCUGCGCCGCCUGCUGCAAAAGGGGCGCAGUGAGGAUGCUCUGGAGCUGGCCAGGUGGCACUCCGGCGGCCCCCACUUCAAUCGCUCUCUCGAGUGGCUGCUGUUCACGGCGCUGGAGUUUGAUGCGGAGCAGCGGCACGCCGCUGCACCUGUGAUGAGCUCCCCACACGGCGGCGGCCGCCCCGCGCGCCAGCGCUUUAACUCCUCCUAUGCCGUCACCGUCGGCAGCCUGCAGCCUGCAGAGCAGGCAUCCAGGGCGGCGGCGGCGGCGGCGGCGGGCAGCCCGCCCGCGGGCCGCUCCGGCCUCGUCUCGCCGCGCAGCGUGGGCGUGCUGUCGGCGGCGGCGCUGGCGCAGCGGCGAGCGGGGCCGCUGCUGGUGGCCGCCGCGCGCCUCAUCUCGCAGUUCCCGCAGUUCCCGGAAAUCGUGGUGAGCGUGGCGCGCAAGACCGACGCCGCGCUGUGGCCCUCGCUGUUUGCCGCCGUCGGCUCCCCGGCCCGCCUCUGCCAGGGCCUGAUGCAGACCGAGAAGCUGCAGAGCGCCGCCUGCUGCCUGGUGAUUGUGGAGCAGAUUGAGGGCAGCGCCCAGGCGCAGCACCAGGCGCUGCAGCUGAUCCAGGCUGCCCUGGAUGUGGGGCAGUACGGCCUGGCUGCCGACCUGCUGCGCUUUCUGGUACCGCCCGGCGAGGCGGAGGCCGUGCUGGAUGCGGUACCGGCGCCGGCGCCAGCGGCCGACAAGGAGGCAGCCGCCCAGACGGUACUGCUGGGCCCGGUGCCGGAAGGGGAGCAGGAGGCAGAGGGCGGCACGCCGCGUGCGCAGCAAGCACAGCAGCAGCAGCAGGAGCAGCAGCAGGAGCAGCAGGAGGGCGGCGGGUCGUGGUUUUGGGGCCUGUUUGGAGGCGGCGGGGAGGCUGGCGCCGCACCCGCCGCAGCACCUGCCGCCGGCGCUGCGCCGCCGGCCGGUGGCCAGCUGCGGCCGCAGCCGGGGCGACAUGCGGCGGCGGCCGAGGAUGAGGAGGAGGAAGAGGAGGACGGAGCUGCGGCGACAGAGGCGUGGCGUCUGACGGCGCACCACGCCUGGCGCCUGCUGGACUCUGGAGCCCUCAGGCACGUGCAGCCGGACGUCACGCUGCUGUCCCGCUCGCUGGCGGAGCUCCACGGCGGGCUGCCCGCGCUGCUGACCGCCACCGCGGGCGAGGUGCCCGCGGCGCGCGCCCACCUCGCGCCCUCUGCCGCCGCCAUCGCCUCGGCGCUGUUUGUGGCGGCCAACGAGUUUGCCUCUGCAGACCAAGAGGCGGACGCGGCGCUGGCGGCCGAGCAGCUGCUGGAAGUGUGCUCCGAGGCGGGCUGCGUCAACCUGGCCGCCGCGCUGGCGCUGCUGCUGGGAGACCAGCGGGCACUGCAGCAGUUUAUGGAGCGGCAGCCGGCGGUGUGGGCCGACCUGCACACCCUCAUCGCCAACGACGUCCACCUGUGCGGCUACGCCCCCGUCCUCUCCCCCCUGCCCUCUCCCAUGAUGGCGCCCGCCCCGCAGCACGGCGCGGCGCAGCUGAUGGCAGCAUGA